CCAAGAUGAACGUUGAGCCAUUUCCCGCCCCCUCGUCGCCAGAAAGGCUGACCGUGUCGCCAACGUCGUCGCAUACCGCCAAGGACCAUCGCCGCAGACGCUCGUCGUCGCUCAUCUCGAAGGUGGAGCCAGAGACGUUUGAAACAAAACAAGACCAGGACAUCCAAUCCAACAUGAACGCCAAUUGGGUUCAUUUCAAGGGCGCCUGGAUUAUCCAUAUUGUGAUCAUAAUACUACUCAAGCUGUUCUACGACCUGAUUCCAAUGUUCAACAACGAGUGGAGCUGGACCCUAACGAACGUCACUUAUGUCAUCGGCUCGUAUAUCAUGUUCCACCAGAUCAAGGGAACGCCAUUUGAUUUCAACAACGGGGCGUACGACAACCUCACCAUGUGGGAGCAGAUCGACAAUGGCGACCAGUACACCCCUGUCAAGAAGUUCCUGAUGGGAGUUCCUAUCUUUUUGUUUCUCAUCUCUACGCACUACUCGUAUUACGAUCUCAACCUGUUUGUUGUCAAUCUCGUUGCCUGCUUGUGCGUCGUCAUCCCGAAGCUUCCUUACAGCCACAGAGUGAGAGUCAAUAUCCCCUAUAUCACAGACCAAAAUUAAGCUGAGUAUAUAGCAAUAAUACCUUUCUAGUAUACAUUCACAGUUGCUUGCGUGUGAUUCGACGCACCUUGACGAACCGCGCAAGAAUCUCGCUGCGCGCUACAACCUCCUCCGGCGGACAGUGGAACUCGCGUUCCAGUUUUUCGGGAGCAAGCAUCCGUUUGUCUUUUGUAGCACGGUACAGUCGAAGGUACCGUGAAAGACGCGUCCAUUGAGCUCUGCUCCAGCGUGUGGCAUGUCUCAGAUCAGUGUCUGAAUUGAGCGGGCUAUGUUCCGGGCUGCGUGGACUUGAGUCUGGACUGUCUUCUGUAGUCCGUUCCGGAUUAUGCACAGGGCUGUGCUCAAUACUCCUUGCUAAACCACGCUCUGGAGACUUUUCUAUUGCUGUCUCUUGGACCUCCCUCCUGCCCCGAGGCUCUGUUUUUUCGCGGCGCCUGCGCUCGACGAAAUCCGCCACGCGGAGAAUCGUCGCCUCUGCGUCCACCUCGUCCCGCACAGACUGCUCCACCAUCAAACUUUCGCCCUGUUCCUUGUCUCUUUCAUCCUCAGAAUCUUCAAACUCGCUGCUGAUGUCUACGAUCGGCGCCUCCUGCUGGCCCAGACCCUUUAUACCCUCGUCUUCGUGUAACGGACUCCCAGGAAGCUUGAUAGGAGACAUGACGCUCGAAUUGUAGUCGUUGUAGUUGUAGCUGCCCGCGUCACUGUCAACACCGUCCAGCUGGACGUCGUCGUCCAGAUCCACAACGGGCUCUUUGCGCACCGGAGUGCCUGCGUGCAAAGGCCCGUUUCCCUUGGUUUUCAAAGGCACCUUCGAAACGGCAAACGACGCGGUGCUGGCUGGCGAGUUGCCGGUGUCAGGCGUGCGUGAUGAUGUUGUAGGACUGCUGUGCUCGGCUCGCCGCGAACUCGGGUACCUGAACGGCGAAAACUGGAUCCG